CAUAACCCUUUUCUUCGUCCCCAAGCGACUUCUCUUCUUUCCUUAGGGUUUUCGAUCGCCCCUAAUUCUCCAUUGUCAUGGCUGUCGAUCAAAAGCCCGGUGCUUCCUCCACCAGCCCGGACGGUUCCAAGCCCGCCUCCAAAGUGACCAAGAAGAAGGACGAGAAGAAAGAAGAAGAUCUGUCGGACGAGGAUUUGGCACUAAAGCAGCAGCUCGAACUCUAUGUGGAGCGGGUUCAGGAUGCCGAGCAGGGAGUCCAAAAGCUCGCCUUGGAGAGCAUGAGGCAGGAGAUUCGAACGGCAACAAGCUCCAUGACAUCUGUUCCUAAGCCUCUAAAAUUUCUCCGGCCACAUUAUGGGAGUCUAAAAUCAUUUUUUGAAACAAUGCCUGAGUCUGAUUUGAAGAAAUACUUGGCGGACAUACUUUCCGUGUUGGCAUUGACAAUGUCUGCUGAAGGAGAGAGGGAGAGUCUGAAGUACCGAUUGCUAGGGUCUGAAGGUGAUAUUGGUUCGUGGGGACAUGAAUAUGUAAGAAAUUUGGCUGGUGAAAUCUCACAGGAAUUUGCAAAGCGGCAGUAUGAUGACUUGCCCUUAGACACCUUGAUGGAACUUGUGCAACAAAUUGUUGCCUUUCACAUGAAGCAUAAUGCUGAGCCGGAAGCUGUAGAUCUUCUAAUGGAGGUUGAAGAUCUUGAGCUGCUGGUUGAGCAUGUGGAUGCUACAAAUUAUAAAAGAGCGUGUUUGUAUCUUACCAGUUCUUCUAGCUAUCUCCCAAGCACAGAUGAUUUAUUAGCUUCGGACAUAGCCUUUACAAUUUAUACCAAGUUUGAGGAUUAUGCAAGUGCUCUGCGGAUUGCACUCUUUAUCGAUAACACCCAAUAUGUGAAGCAGAUCUACACAUCCACUGAAGAUCUUCUACUGAAGAAGCAAUUUUCUUAUAUUAUAGCUCGUCAUGGUCUAGUUCUGGAAAUUGAUGAAGAUAUAGCUCCUGAUGAUGAUGACAGGGAGGCCUUGCAGGAAAUAGUCAACAAUGUUAAGCUAAGCGAGGGAUAUCUUGCGCUUGCUCGGGACAUUGAGGUUAUGGAACCUAAAUCUCCAGAAGACAUCUAUAAGGUGCACUUGAUUGAUGGCCGGGCAAGUGCAAGUUCUAGUCUCGAUUCAGCAAGACAGAACUUGGCAGCUACCUUUGUUAAUGCAUUUGUAAAUGCCGGAUUUGGACAGGAUAAAUUGAUGACUGUCACAUCAGAAUCCUCCAGUGGAUCUUCAGGUAAUUGGCUAUUCAAGAACAAGGAACAUGGAAAGGCCAGUGCAGCAGCAAGCUUGGGGAUGAUUCUGUUGUGGGAUGUUGACUCCGGACUUUCACAAAUUGAUAAAUAUUUGCAUAGUAAUGAUAACCAUGUGGUCGCUGGUGCUCUGUUAGGUAUUGGUAUUGUUAGCUGUGGUGUGAAGAAUGACUGUGACCCUGCAUUGGCACUUCUAAUUGACUAUAUUAACAAAGAUGACACCAUCAUCCGCAUUGGUGCCAUACUGGGCCUUGGAAUUGCAUAUGCUGGAUCUCUAAAGGAUGAGCUUAGAAUUCGCCUAUCACUUAUCUUGGGAGAUCCAAAAACACCUCUUGAAGUUCUUGUAUUUUCUGCUAUCACCCUGGGGCUCGUAUAUGUUGGUUCUUGUAAUGAAGAGAUUGCUCAGUCCAUCAUUUUGGCAUUGAUGGAACGUUCUGACGCUGAACUAGGGGAACCUCUGACUCGCCUGCUUCCUGUAGCUCUUGGACUUCUGUAUCUUGGAAAGCAGGAUAAUGUUGAGGCUACUGCAGAGGUUUCAAAAACAUUUAAUGACAAAAUCAGGAAAUAUGCUGAUAUCACUCUACUGUCUUUGGCAUAUGCUGGAACCGGGAAUGUUCUGAAGGUCCAGAAGCUUCUGGGGUACUGCGCUCAGCAUCUUGAGAAGGGUGAGAACUAUCAGGGACCCGCUGUCCUUGGGAUUGCACUUAUUGCAAUGGCUGAGGAACUGGGCCUUGAUAUGGCGAUUCGAUCAUUGGAGCACCUUUUGCAGUAUGGAGAGCAGAACAUUAGACGAGCAGUGCCCCUGGCUCUUGGUAUCCUUUGUAUUUCUAAUCCAAAGGUCAAUGUCAUGGAUACACUUAGCAGACUGAGUCAUGAUACCGAUGGUGAUGUAUCAAUGGCAGCAAUUAUCUCAUUGGGAUUGAUAGGUGCAGGCACAAAUAAUGCUCGGAUAGCCAGCAUGCUCCGCAACCUUUCAAGUUAUUACUAUAAAGAAGCUGGCCAUCUCUUCUGUGUGAGGAUUGCUCAAGGUCUUGUGCAUUUGGGGAAGGGUUUACUAACACUUUCCCCUUACCACUCUGAUCGGUUUUUAUUGUCCCCGACUGCGCUUGCUGGACUUGUUACUGUUUUGCAUGCAUGCUUGGACAUGAAAUCUACCAUCCUUGGAAAGUAUCAUUAUAUGCUCUACAUUCUCGUCUUAGCGAUGCAGCCAAGGAUGCUCAUGACGGUGGAUGAAAAUCUAAAACCUAUUUCUGUUCCUGUACGGGUUGGUCAGGCUGUCGACGUGGUGGGCCAGGCAGGUCGGCCAAAGACCAUUACAGGAUUUCAGACACAUUCUACUCCUGUCUUGCUUGCUGCAGGGGACAGAGCUGAACUGGCUACCGAUAAAUACAUUCCGCUGUCAUCAGUGCUGGAAGGUUUUGUAAUCUUGAAAGAAAACCCAGAUUCUCAUGAUGAUCGUUAGAAUACCUUGCAACUUUUUUUGUCAUUGGAGUUGAAUGAUCGCGAGGAACAUUGGGCCCAGUUGCUGUAUUCUCUUACUGUGAGGUUAUUUACUUGAGUCUUGAAUCGCGACGUACAAAAGGGCCGUGAAUUUGGACGUGGGACGUUGGUUACUUGUCAUGCUCGUACUUCUUCAUGUUACGAUACACUGCUGGCUAGCAGUUCCAAUUUAUCCUAUGUCGGAUGUUGUCUACGGCCUUCAGCUUCCCAAGCUUCGUUAGUGAAACAUCAAAUUAUUUAUUCGAUUGCCAAAACUUGGUUUUCGUUGAUAGUUUUCA